UUUUUGCCACCCGCCGCUGUUCCGGCUCCCUGUUCCGGCUGCCUCUUUCGGCUCCUCUGUGCUUUUUCCGCUGCAAAUCGUCCGGGGGCUUCACCGCCGCGCGGUACUGGCGGGGACCCCCCGACGGUGGGGAUGUGUUUUCCUUCCCGCAGGGGGCUCGGUCCCGAGCACCGGGAAGCACCCGGGAGGUCCCGGCCGGAGGAGGAUGCGGCACCUCGGGUCGUGGCCUUCCUGGUGGCGUUCCACCAGAACAAGCAGCUGAUAGGAGAGAAGGGGCUGCUCCCCUGCAAGCUCUACCUGCAGGAUGUCAAGAAGUACUUCAAAGGGAAGGUGGGCCUGGAUGCCUUGAGCUACGCACCCACGCUCAUCUGGUUCCUGGACUGGUCUGACAUGGACAGCACCCUGGAUUGCCUGGCCCUGGCUGGCCUGGCAGUGGCAGCCUUUGUGCUGCUGACUGGCUGUGCCAACAUGGUCCUCAUGUCCCUGCUGUGGCUGCUCUACCUCUCCUUGGUCAACGUUGGACAGAUCUGGUAUUCCUUUGGAUGGGAAUCACAGCUCCUGGAGACAGGAUUCCUGGGAAUAUUCCUCUGCCCGCUCUGGACGCUGUCCCGCCUGCCCCAGCGCUCUCCUCCUUCCAGAAUUGUCAUCUGGGCCUUCCGCUGGCUGAUUUUCAGGAUCAUGCUCGGAGCGGGGCUGAUUAAAAUCCGAGGAGAUCGCUGCUGGAGAGAGUUAACUUGCAUGGAUUAUCACUACGAGACGCAGCCGGUGCCCAACCCCAUCUCGUACUUCAUGCACCGCUCGCCGUGGUGGUUCCACCGCUUCGAGACCUUGGUCAACCACUUCAUCGAGCUGCUGGUGCCCUUCUUCCUGCUCCUGGGCCGAAGGAUGUGCAUCCUGCACGGGCUCCUGCAGAUGCUGUUCCAGGUGCUCCUGAUCAUAAGUGGGAACCUGAGUUUCCUGAACUGGCUGACCAUGGUGCCCAGCAUCGCCUGCUUUGACGAUGCCAGCCUGGGGCUGCUCUUCGGCUCCCGGCUGAGGGAACGGGUGGCACGGAUGCAGCUCCCGGGGCCGGAGGGGGAGAGGCUUUCCCUGGGCUCCUGUGUCCGCAGAGUGCUGAACAUCUCCUUGGGCCUCCUGAUCAUCUACCUCAGCAUCCCGGUGGUGCUGAACCUGCUCAACUCCAGACAGGUCAUGAACACCUCGUUCAACCCCCUCAGAAUCGUCAACACCUACGGAGCCUUUGGGAGCAUCACCAAGGAGAGGACAGAAGUCAUCCUUCAGGGAACAGCCAGCCUGGAUCCCAAUGAUUCCACUGCAGUCUGGGAGGAGUUUGAGUUCAAGUGCAAGCCCGGGGACUUGAGGAGGAGGCCGUGCCUCAUCUCCCCCUACCACUAUCGCCUCGACUGGCUCAUGUGGUUUGCUGCCUUCCAGACCUACGAGCAGAACGAAUGGAUCAUCCACCUGGCUGGGAAGCUGCUGGCCCAGGAAGAGGAGACCUUGUCCCUGCUGGCCACGAACCCCUUCGCAGGCAGAAACCCUCCAAGGUGGAUCCGGGGGGAACACUUCAAGUACAAGUUCAGCCAGCCCGGGGGGAAGCACGCCAGCGAUGGGAAGUGGUGGAUCCGGAAGAGGAUCGGCCCCUACUUCCCCCCUGUCAACCUGCAGGGCCUGAGGAAGUUCUUCAAGGACAGGAAUUGGCCCUAUCCCGUGCGGGACUGAGGGAAAAAGCCAGCCAGGACAAGAGGGACCAGCUGGGAAGAGGGAGAAUGGGCAGUUCCCUUGCAAACACCUCCUGCCUCUCUAUUUUUUAUCCAUA